GGGCUGGGCCGCCUAGCCUGGCUCUGGUUCUACACACGCAUGGGUGUGAGCCUCUGCACGCUUCGUCCCAAGCCCACGAUUACAGUCAGCAGCCGGAGGAGGUGAAGAAGGGGUUCUCGGGCCCAGGAAGGGCCAAGGAGAGAGACGAGAUCGGCCUCUCUGCUCCGCACUGCUCCCAGCAAGUCCUCUAAGGCACCACCUCUUUCCUACACACGGUGUUUCUGGGAAAGAAAAACAAAACUUCGCCCAGAUGAAGAGAACCCACCUGUUUGUGAUGGCGGUCUACCUGCUGUCCACCUGCAGGGCAGAGGAGGGGCUGAACUUCCCCACCUAUGACGGCAAGGACCGCGUGGUCAGUCUAACCGAGAAGAACUUCAAGCAGGUUUUGAAGAAAUACGACUUGCUCUGCCUCUACUACCAUGAGCCCGUGUCUUCAGAUAAAGCCGCGCAGAAACAGUUCCAAAUGAAAGAAAUCGUGCUGGAGCUUGUGGCCCAAGUCCUGGAACAUAAAGAUAUAGGCUUUGUGAUGGUGGAUGCCAAGAAAGAAGCCAAGCUUGCCAAGAAACUGGGUUUUGAUGAAGAAGGAAGUCUGUAUGUUCUGAAGGGUGAUCGCACAAUUGAGUUUGAUGGCGAGUUUGCAGCUGAUGUCUUGGUGGAGUUUCUCUUGGACCUCAUUGAAGACCCAGUGGAGAUCAUCAACAGCAAACUGGAAGUCCAAGCCUUUGAGCGCAUUGAGGACCAUAUCAAACUCAUCGGCUUUUUCAAGAGUGAAGACUCAGAAUAUUACAAGGCUUUUGAAGAGGCAGCUGAACAUUUCCAGCCGUACAUCAAAUUUUUUGCUACUUUCGACAAAGGGGUUGCAAAGAAAUUGUCCUUGAAGAUGAAUGAGGUUGACUUCUAUGAGCCAUUUAUGGACGAGCCCAUUGCCAUCCCUGACAAACCCUACACAGAAGAGGAGCUUGUGGAGUUUGUGAAGGAGCACCAAAGACCCACUCUACGUCGCUUGCGCCCAGAAGAUAUGUUUGAAACAUGGGAAGAUGAUUUGAACGGGAUCCACAUUGUGGCCUUUGCGGAGAGGAGUGAUCCAGAUGGCUACGAGUUCCUGGAGAUCCUGAAGCAGGUUGCUCGGGACAACACGGACAACCCUGACCUGAGCAUCGUAUGGAUCGACCCAGAUGACUUUCCUCUGCUUGUUGCCUAUUGGGAAAAGACUUUCAAGAUUGACCUAUUCAAGCCACAGAUUGGAGUGGUGAAUGUUACAGAUGCUGACAGUGUCUGGAUGGAGAUUCCAGAUGGUGAUGACCUGCCCACAGCUGAGGAGCUGGAAGACUGGAUUGAGGAUGUGCUUUCUGGGAAGAUAAACACUGAAGACGAUGACAAUGAAGAUGAAGAGGAUGAAGAGGAUGACGACGACAAUGAUGAUGACAAUGACAAUUCUGACGAAGAGGAUGAUGAUGACAGUGACGAUGAUGAGGACUAGCCCCCAACUCCAGACAAUUUUCAUGAAAACAAAACCACAGCUACCCACCACCAUGCAGACAGCACAAGGUAGCAGCAAGCAGCCCUGGCCCACGUCCAGCCAGCUCCUUUCCCUUUUCCAACAUCUCUUCUUCCACUUCCUUCUCAUCAGGAGAUGUGCAACUCAGCAAAUGCCUUUCUAAAUCCAGCAAUCCCACUCAGCAAGGACAGUGGGGAAUUUUUCCCAUGUCGACUGUCUUGAUUGUCAUGAAAAAUCUCUCGUGCUUUGCCAGAUCAUCAGUGGCCAUGGCAGUGCCCGAAUCUGGCAGUCUGGGGAGAGCGAUCCCCUAACACCUUGACUCAGAUGUACUUGUUGUCUUUGACUAUGGCAGUAACAGAAUUCACAGCUUGCUAACUCACAAGCAUGGUGUGACCUUAUAACCAGAGCCCAGGGAAGACACACAAUCCAUUUAGCCCCCAUGCCUACAACAUCAGUUAGGAUGCCUCCUAAAGCCAAGAGGAUGCCUCUUAGGGAAGGCUCAGGCUUGGAAACAAGUUUAUAAAUCAGCUUCUCUUGGUUCUAUUAAACUUAUUUUAAGUGUAGGUCAGACCAUUAUGAACUCAGAUCCAAACCUUUGCAUGGCUAUUGAGAGGUAGGUCUUGAAAAACAUGCGUACUGAUGUCACCAUCAUUUCUAGUAUAUUAGGAUACUGGGAUGGGAAGUUGAUGUGCUCUCUGAACUUCCCUCUAGGUGACCGUCUCGCAUAGACACACAGGGGUUGUUUUAAUUCUUUCUGAUGGCUUGAGGUCUCUGAUUGGGUCAGCUGUCAUCCUAGCCUGAGCUGGGAUCCUGAUAUCCCCUCUCUGUUGCUCCUAGUCAGCCUUCCCAUUCAGAGUCAAAGUUGGUUUAUCCAUAGGGCAAUUAACUCUCCAUCUAUCAAUGCUCCCACAGUUAAACAGAACAAUAAUCAUUAGAGUUCAUAAUGAUACCCUGAGGUACUGAAAAAAUCCCUAAGUGCCUUCCGAACUAUCUAAAGGUCAUAUUGUGCUCGGUAGUUUUAGUGUUAAGUGUGCAUUAUAAUGUUCUAAUUUAUUUUCUCAAUCUUUUAACACAUGUAUAAGACACUGCAAAUUCUUUGAAAAUAGGGCAAUCCUUUAUGGAAUAGUAGCUAACUAACUCUGCCAUUAAAGUUAUAUUUUGAAAAUACUGAGACUAUCUUGAA